AUGGCCGUUGUAUCGCUGCUAAACCAGGCGCCUUAUAGGCGAUCGCACAACAGCCGUGAUAGGCUGAAUGCAGACGCCAUGGACGCAGCUGAUUCCUGGCGUCACUCUGGCGAGCAUAGCCUUCAUGGUGCCAACAGCAAGAACAGGACGAGGGCUCUGAGGUCUAUCUCUGAAAACAAAAGAUGCGUGUCUAAAGAUGGAGAGUUUCUUCCUCUCCACCACACAUGUCAGCUGAGCACAUGCGAUAGAAUUAUCAUUAACGUCAGCGGGAAAUACUUUGAGACGUGGAGGAAAACUUUAGAAGAUCACCCGGAUACUUUGCUUGGAAACCCUGAAAGACGAUGCAAAUUCUAUGACAAAACUCGAAAUGAAUAUUUCUUCGACCGACAUCGACCGACCUUCGACGCCAUAUUUGAAUACUAUUUAUACGGCGGUCAUUUAAAACGCCCACCACCAGUACCUGACGACAUUUUUCUUUCAGAACUGGACUUUUUCGAGAUAGAAAGACAUGUGGUGGAAGAUUACCGUCGAGGUGAAGGAUACACCACUGAGAAAAUUGUUCUUCCAGAACGAGGUUGGAAACGAAAGGUCUGGAUGCUGAUGGAGUACCCAGAAACCUCUUUCUAUGCAUACACGAUUGCCAUUAUCUCUGUAGUUGUCACGGUCACUGCCAUAGCCCUUCUUUGCGUGGAGACCUUACCCGGAUGGAACACACAGCACUGCAUCCAGGGUAAGAGUCCCAACUGGGCUGACCCGUUCUUUAUGAUCGAGACCAUUUGCUCUGCCUGGUUUUCUUUCGAGCUGGUCGUCAGAUUGAUCUCAUGCCCUGGAAAAAUUGCUUUCUUCAAAGACUUCAAAAAUUUGGUUGAUUUGACUGCUGUGGUUCCGUAUUAUAUAACUCUGUUCAACGUUCUCUCCACCAUGACCUGCGACAGCGCAAAGUCCUCGGCUUCGUUGGCUUUUCUUCGAGUGUUUCGACUCGUACGGAUAUUCAAGCUAACCAAACACUCGGCAGGAUUACAAGUUUUGAUCCUGACUUUUAAAGCCAGUGUGGAAGGUUUGUGUUUGUUUCUUGUGGCCCUCACUGUCUGUAUACUCGUGUUUUCCAGUGCUGUGUACUUUGCCGAGCUGGGGAUUGAGGGCUCGAAAAUUCACAGCAUUCCUGAUGGUUUCUGGUGGGCCAUCAUCACCAUGACAACAGUGGGAUACGGUGACGUGGUUCCUGUGGGAGUGUUAGGGAAGCUCAUCGGAAUGAUGUGCACUUUAACAGGAGUACUGACACUGGCCAUACCUGUGCCUAUUAUAACAGAGAACUUCAACAAGUUUUACUCACACAAGACCGGCAGAGGGCGAAUCUGA